AUGGGGGCAUUAAUAAAAUAUUUUCAAGACCUUCCUUCUCUGCGCAAGAGAAGAGAAGUACUGGUACAUCUCAGGCUGCGCAACCUGGAUCCAGUAGUUACAAUCAAACCGGUCGCCCCACAGCACCGUUUGCAUUACAAUAUAGAGCCCCUCAAUAUCCGUAUAGGUCGUAUGCUCCUAUGCAACCCUAUGCGUUUAAUUACAAUUUUCCAGCUUAUGCUGGAAAUCAGCGGCUUUUUCGACCCCAAUACAAGCCACAAUCAUUUACCGCGGGUCCACAAGCCCCGAGUAACCCUAGGAAAUCAUUUAAUCAACACGGCGCAUCAAACGAACACAUUAGCGUCAAAAGAAGAGGGAAAGGUGGUUGUUCUCAAAACUCUAAAAGAGUUAGGAUGGAUCGUCAACACAUCCAAGUGCAAUCCUAGUCCCCCAGAGGUCGUUGGAGUAUUUAGGUCUAGUAUGGGAUACCUGGAACAACAAGAAAAGCCUGCCACAGAAGAAAAUUCUGGGUUUACAAACUACUAUAGCGAGAUUUCUCACACAACAACAAGCGACGCUUCGGGAAGUUCAAGGUCUAGUAGGGACCAUGAAUUUUGCCUGUCUAGCUGUCCCACAGGGUCGAUUAAACUUCCGCUAUCUCCUGAAACAUUGCAUAUCUAUGCUUCAAAACAAUGUCAAGGAGAGAACUCCGCUACCAAUACAAGUAAUGAAAAAACUCAAGUGGUGGAGGCAGAACUGCGACAGGUCGUCUCUCCUUCACCUUCCACUUUUGACCCACUUCUUAACGACAGACGCUGCCGAGACCGGCUGGGGAGCAGAAUUAAACGGGUUACAGAUACGGGGCGAAUGGUCGAGAGAGGAAUCCAGAAUUCACUCGAAUCAAAAAGAGAUGUUGAGCAUAUUGAAGUGUCUUCACCAAUUCGGUCCUCUUCUAAGCCAUUCAUCGUUGCUACUUUAGUGCGACAACAAGUCGAUCGAUUCGACAUUCGUCUAGUUGCACAUCACAUUCCCGGAAAGCUCAACGGUGUUGCCGAUCGCCUAUCCCGGAAGUCGAUAAUUCCAGAGUGGCACCUUCUUCCUGCGUUGACACAGGUAGUAUUUCAAAAAUGGGGUGUCCCGGAUGUGGAUUUAUUUGCGUCCAGUUGUUCCAAAUUACGUCAGUCUGGAUCAAACGGAUCGAGCAGCGUGGAGACACAAUGCGUUCGCUUGGGAAUGGAAGUUCAGACUAGCGUGGAUAUUUCCGUCUCCGAACUUAAUUCAAAGAGUUCUUAUGCAUCUCAAUCGAGCGGUCGGUACAUAUCUAAUAGUAGCACCGAGGUGGCCGCAGGCGUUUUGGAGAGCGGAUUUAAAAGCUCGAGCUAUAGCACCCCCAUUCAAAAUCUACCAACUAGAGUCGAAAUAGAUAGAUCUGUCGACGGGCCGUCUUCCGCUAAAAGUAGAAGAGCUGACUCUCGAAGUUUGGAAAUGUGGGGGUGGUCUGAAGCAGUAGAAUCAUGGUCUACUCAACAGAAGGCUUUAUUGAUGGCAGGAUGGCGAAAAUCCACUCUUAAUACAUACAAACCUGCUUGGGAGAGAUGGGUAAAAUGGUGUCAAUCCUCAGAUAUAAGCCCUAUUAAUCCAGUAGGUGCCGAUUUAGCACAAUACUUGGCUGAUCUUCAUUUUAAACAUAGGUUAUCUUAUAAAACUAUAUAUAUAUAUUCA